AUGAGUUCGGAUAGCAACGCAGAAAAGGAUCCUCGGUUGGAACGAAUCCUUCAAGUGCUUGCCAAUGUCGGAAGUCUAAUGGAGAAGCAGGAGCUACAACGAGCUGCCUCUAGCUCUGGUAAUGGCGAACGUCGUUUACAAGGUCUGAUUGAACAAUUUUUGAAGUUGAAACCACCCCGGUUUGCUGGAACUAAAAAUCCUGAAGAGACAAAAUCGUGGAUAGAUGAGAUGGAGAAGAUAGUCAAUCUACUAGAUUGUAAUGACACCGACAAAAUAGCCCUAGCUGAAUAUCAACUUCAAGAAAAUGCCAUACACUGGUGGAAGGCCUCUAAGGAAACUAUGAUUUCAACUGACACUAUCGUAACUUGGGAUGGUUUUGUCAAGGCAUUUUUCUGGAAAUAUUUCUCGGAUUAUGCCCGGGAUAGGAAGAUAAUGGAAUUUAUGCAACUCAAACAGAAUAACCUAACUGUGGAUCAAUAUGAAGCCAAAUUUACGGAACUUUCAAGGUUUGCCCCCAAGUUGGUAGAAGACAGGGAAGACAAAGCCAAGAGAUUUUGGGAUGACUUGAGAUCAAAUAUCAGGAAUAAGCUAGUGCCCUUAAACCUAAAAGAUUAUAAUGAGUUGUACGAACACGCACGAUUUGUGGAAAAAAAAAGAUUUGGCGGAGUCAGUAGAGACAACACAGACUUCCCAGGCGCGACCUAA